UUUCUCUCCUCCUCCUCUCCUCUUCGCUUCCCCACUAAUCAAUCCCACCACCUCUCUCUUACCUUCUUUCUCUUCGAUUUUGUUCCCUUCUCUCGCGUCGCGAGUUCCUUGCUUCGUCGCGUCUCUCUCUCUCUCUUCUCUCUUCCGCCGCCCUUAUCUCGUCUUCCUCUCUCUCUCUUCCCCUCGCGGAUCGAGGGGGGGCGGAGAUGGUGGAUACGAGGAGGAGCGCGGCGGCGAAGCGCCCGGCGGCGGAGGAGGACCAGGAGGAGGAGAAGGCGGCGGCGGCGCCGGCGCCGGCUGCGGCUGCGGCGGGGGAGGGGGCGGGGGCGCCCGCGUCGGCGGGGCGAAGGCCGGCGAAGCGCGGCAAGGCCGUGGCGGUGGAGGUGGAUAGCGGGAAGGAGGAUGAGGAGGCGGCGUCGGCGUCGGGGGUGGCGUCGGCGGCGGAUGCUACGCCUGUGGUCGUCGGAGGCGGGGGCGCGGCGGUGCCGCCGCUUGACACGGCUGGGCUGCAGGCUCUGACCGGCGCGGUGGAUAGGCUGGAGGCCAUCCUGAGGCCCGGCGAGGCGGUAUCGAAUUCGGCCGGCCAUAAGCGCAGUGCUCUUGCUAAGGAUUUACAAGCAAAGUUGAAGGAAGUGAAGGAUUUGGCGGAUGGCGUGGCCAAAAAGCGGCUGCCCCCGGUGGCCAACAGGCGCCAGGAGCCCUGGUGCAGAUUAAUAUCUCAACAUGCUAAGAAUCCUUCCAUUCCUAUUAAUGCCUCGCAUUUUACUGUUGGUUAUGGAGCUCACCAUAACUUGAGACUGGAAGGGUCAUAUACCAACUCACUUGUUUGUAGAUUGAAGCAUGCUAAGCGAGGUGCUCUUCUUGAAAUCUACGAGUCCAAAGUUGUUCGUGUAAAUGGAAAGUCUUUUGACAAGACUAAUAAAGUUACGUUAUGUGGAGGGGAUGAAGUUGUUUUCAAUACACCUGUGAGGCAUGCUUAUAUAUUUGAGCAACUUCCAGAGGAGAAAUCAAGCACAUCGCCAUUUUCCUCUACUUGGUGUAGUGUUCAGCCGGGGCAGCAUUCGCUUAUCAAAGAUUUUAAGGAUAUUUUUUCAUCUAAGGAGGCCAAAGUAACAUCCUUUUACUUUGGAAAGAGUCGACCUCCUUUGAUGCCUGUUGGAUCAUCAUCGGAUCCAGAUCUGGUCAGUAGUCUAUGUAAAACAAUGGAGGACCAGUUUAACUCUGAAGAAAACACACCAUUUGCUUGGUGUCAAUUAUUGGAGGAGGAUUUGAAAAAUGCAACUAUUGAUCCUAGUGAAAUCUCCGAGACAUUUGAUAGCUGUCCAUAUUAUCUAAGUGAGAACACCAAAUCUGCUCUCCAGUCAUCAGCAUAUGUAAAUUUGCACUGCAAGGACUAUAUCAAGUUCACAAAAGAUAUUUCUUCUCUUAGUCAGCGAGUACUGCUGUCUGGUCCGGCAGGAACCGAUAUCUACCAACAAUAUCUGGUUAAGGCACUUGCAAAACACUUUGGUGCUAGGUUGCUCACCAUAGACUCUUCCAUGCUAUUUGGUGGGAAGACUACCAAGGAAUCAGAUUCAUACAAAAAGGGUGAUAGAGUGCGGUACAUUGGUUCGUUACAGUCAACAGGUAUUAUCCUUGAUGGAGAAAGUCCUCCAGAUUUUGGUUCACAAGGUGAAAUAUGUCUUCCUUUCGAAGAGAAUAGAUCAUCAAAGGUUGGAGUAAGAUUUGAUGAACAAAUUCCGGGAGGUAUUGAUCUAGGAGGCAAUUGUGAAGUUGAUCAUGGUUUAUUUUGUUCAGUUGAUUCUUUAUGCCUCGAUGCUCCAGGAUGGGAAAUUAGAUCGAAACACCCAUUUGAUGUCAUUAUUCAGUUUAUCUCUGAAGAAAUCGAGCAUGGUCCUCUAGUCUUAUUUUUGAAGGACACAGAAAGAAUUUGUGGGAAUAAUGAUUCCUAUCGUGCUCUCAAGAGCAAGCUUCAAUAUUUCCCAGCAGGUGCUUUUAUUAUUGGUUCUCAUGUACAUCCUGAUGAUCACAAAGAGAAGGCAAAUGCCAGUUCUCUACUUCUUUCAAAGUUCCCAUACAGCCAAGCAAUACUUGACUUUGCAUUUCAGGACUUUGAUCGUGGAACUGAUAAGAAUAAAGAAACUUCAAAGGCGACGAAGCAUCUAACUAAGCUUUUCCCAAAUAAAGUGACGAUCCAGCCACCAAAAGAUGAAAUUGAGCGCUCGAAGUGGAACCAGAUGCUAGAUCGAGAUGUUGAAAUUCUUAAAGGAAAUGCUAACAUUUCAAAAAUUCGCUCUUUUCUAUUAAAGAUGGGCUUGGAAAGCAGUGAUCUUGAAACAGUAUGUGUUAAGGAUCGUCUCCUAACAAACGAAUGUAUUGAUAAAAUAGUUGGUUUUGCUUUGAGUCAUCAACUUAAGCACUCUACAAUUCCAGACCCUUCGAGUGAUGUUCGUUUCACUCUAUCUAGUGAAAGUCUUAAGCAUGGUGUUGACAUGUUGGAAAGUGUGGAAUCUAACCCUAAGAGCAGCAACAUAAGGAAGUCGCUCAAGGAUAUUGCUACUGAGAAUGAAUUUGAAAAGCGACUUCUUGCUGAUGUUAUACCCCCGGACGAAAUAGGUGUCACCUUUGAGGACAUUGGGGCAUUGGAAAGUGUCAAGGAAACUCUUAAGGAGUUAGUGAUGCUACCUUUGCAAAGGCCUGAAUUGUUUUCCAGAGGUCAACUUAUGAAGCCAUGUAAAGGAAUAUUACUUUUUGGCCCGCCUGGUACAGGAAAGACAAUGCUUGCCAAAGCUGUGGCUACAGAGGCUGGUGCGAAUUUCAUAAAUAUAUCAAUGUCGAGCAUCUCUUCAAAGUGGUUUGGUGAAGGAGAGAAGUUUGUGAAAGCUGUAUUUUCACUGGCAAGCAAAAUUGCUCCAAGUGUUAUUUUCGUGGAUGAGGUUGAUGGCAUGUUGGGUAGGCGUGAAAACCCUGGAGAACAUGAAGCAAUGCGUAAAAUGAAAAAUGAGUUUAUGGUGAACUGGGAUGGUCUAAGAACAAAAGAUAAAGAGCGUGUAUUAGUACUUGCUGCAACUAAUAGGCCAUUUGACCUUGAUGAGGCUGUUGUUAGGAGGCUUCCUAGGCGGUUGAUGGUGAAUUUGCCGGAUGCAUCAAAUAGAAGAAAAAUUCUUAGCGUGAUACUAGCUAAAGAAGAUUUGGCAGAUGAUGUCGAUCUUGAAGCUGUAGCUAGCUUGACUGAAGGGUAUUCUGGCAGUGAUCUCAAGAAUCUAUGUAUUACUGCUGCUCAUCUCCCUAUUAAAGAUAUCCUUGAAAAGGAGAAGAAGGAGAAAGCUUUAGCAGAGGCAGAAAAUAGGCCGCUGCCCCAAUCAUUUUCAAGUAACGAUGUCCGUGCCUUACGACUAAGUGAUUUCAAACAUGCUCAUGAACAGGUCUGUGCAAGUGUGUCUUCGGAUUCAACUAACAUGAAUGAACUUAUUCAAUGGAAUGAUCUUUAUGGAGAAGGUGGAUCAAGGAAAAAGACUACUCUAAGCUACUUCAUGUAGCUGAAGUUCAUUCCAAUGUACAUAUAUAUCAGAAGCAUUAGGACAAACAAUGGUGAUUGGAGGCAAAAGUUUUGCAGAUUCACUACAGUAAAAAAAGAACUGUACUAUCUGCUAGACAUCAGAAGAAUUAACAACAGUUCAUAUCGAGGCGGAUGGGAUAAGACAUUCAAUCGUCGCCAUGGUGUGGGCUGUCGAUUUUGGCGAAAGAGGAAGAUGGGAUUCGGGAUGUGGCUUACAAAUUGCCUGCUGUGGUGGACCUGGGGGUAGUGACGGCAACAUAUCACCAUCCGCAAAAAUAGAUUACAUUUCUAGUCCCCAUAGUCAGGUCAGGCAGCCAGUUCCGAGAAUGACAUCUCUUACCGGGCCGGUUGGUUCACCGUCAUUUUUCUCAUUUCGUGACAGCGAUUCAAAUUUUUUUAGGUUAAAGUUGUGCCUGUGCAAUUGUACAGUAUGAGCAUCCAGGCCAAUUAACUUGUUAUUGCGGUCACCGCAAAAUUCAUUUUAAACAUGUCCGUUGUUACUCCAUUUGUCGACUGUCUACCAGGUUUUGGUACUGCCCCUUUACUGAUCAUAAUAUUAUAUAUGGAGAUGCGGGUUACCAUUAUCGAUUCA